GGUUAUUUACUAAAUUUAUAUAAAAAACACACUAAAUUAAUACAUUUCAAAUAUUAUGUACUAAAAUAAUAUAAAAUAAUAAAAUAUGAAAAUAAUAUAUUUUUUGAAAGUAAUAAAAUUCGAAAUUAAGAAAAAUCCGAAAAUAAGAAAAAUACAUUGAAAUUAAAAACAUAAAUUUAUUUUGAAGUUGCAGGCAUCGCCAUGGCUCGAUUGAUUAACGACGAUCCCCACAUAUCUGAUGCGGCUAAUAAUAUGUAAUUUAACACUAUCAAGGCUCGUACCGCGUAUUAAGGGGUCGGGUGAAUGGUAUAGGAUAUCCCCCAGAUGAACGAUUGAUGCCCUACUUGGAGCAAGCUGGAUUCGAGUCAGCAACAUUGAUCCGAACGUUCGACUUGUGAUACGAUUUAUUAUCUGCACUAGUAGAGCGGUGGCGCCCGGAGACCCACACUUUUCAUUUUCCGUGUGGGGAGUGCACAGUGACUUUAGAGGAUGUUGCACUGCAGGUUGGGCUCCCAAUCGAUGGGAGUCCCGUAACGGGAGUAAGUGCAUUUGCUGAGCCGACUGCACUAUGUUAUAGCCUACUAGGAGACUAGCUUGACAAUGAUGAGUCAAAUUUUUUGGGCUUGAAAUUUACAUGGUUGAAAGGCAAAUUUGGACACUUAUCAGCUAAUGCAACUGAAUGAGAGUUGAUAUGCGCUGCUCGAGCAUAUAUCAUGCAUAUUAUAGGGGGAGUACUGAUGCCCGGUUCAAACAAUAACAAGGUUCAUAUCAUGUACUUACCUAAUGCCACUGAAGGAGAGUUGAUGUGCGUUGCUCGAGCGUACAUCAUGCAUAUUAUAGGGGGAGUACUGAUGCUCGGUUCAAACAAUAACAAGGUUCAUAUCAUGUACUUACCUCUAUUAGCUGAUUUGAGUAAUGUUCGCUCGUAUAGCUGGGGCUCCGCAGUUCUGGCAGUGUUGUAUCGGGAGCUUUGUCGGACGACAAAACCUACUGUCGUAGACAUGGAUGGAUGCCUUACAUUGUUGCAGUCCUGGGCACUUUAUCAGAUGCCAUUCUUGGCAUCAGUUAGUCACCAACCAUAUGUAUAUCCCCUAGUUAACAGGUAUCAGGAGGUCGUACACUGUCCCGAUAUACCGUCUGAUGGUCGAACAGCAUACCGGGGAAGGGUUUAUAUGGAUGCCAUAUCGUAGACCGAAAAUUACAGCUAUCAUACCCUCGUCUGCCUACGUUCAUUCUCAUAUGUGGUGCACUAACGCACAAAUUAUAAAUUUCAAUGUAGUCGAGUGGUACCAUGGGGAUCGAGUGCUACGACAGUUUGGUUGCGUCCAAUAUAUCCCAGAUCCGCCAUGCGAGGUGGGGGUGGUUCACGACAUCAACAAGAGAGGGAAACCGCAGUUGAAUUGGGGGGUUAAGCACCGGAGAUUUGUUGCGUUGUGGAUUAAUCGGAUGGCUCGAAUACCUCAGAUGGUUAUGGCUUCCAAUUUGCAACCAUCAGUAGAGUACAUACAAUGGUACUCUAGUUUGGCAAAGUAAGAAGUAGGAUCUGUGUAUAUUUUCCAUAUAGCCAGGUCCCAUCCACCUGCACAAACGGCUUGCAGUAGGGAAAUGUCCGCACACAUGGAUCAAACGUUCAGAACAUCCGAUGGAAAAUUCUUUUCCCCAGCUUUAAUUGGUCGUUCGGGUCAUAAUAAGGUCUUGCCUGUAACUCAACCACAGUCUCCGGUACGUACUCCCGUAUAAUAGCUAUCCAUCCUUGUAGCUCGUUAUACAACGAAUCAUAAUCUCCAUACAAUUGCUCCAUGGCCAUCUGUUUAGCUAUCCACGCCUUUCGAUAUGAUACUUGAUACUGGAAUCGUGCUUGCAUUUCGACAAUCAUUACCGAAACUUUAAUGGUCGGCAUGUCCUUCACCAUUGGCAUGAUACACAUACAGAUAGUUUUGGAAUCAAGUUUUCGAUGAUCUUCUGUCAUACGUGUUGAUGUACAUGUAUGAGGCCCAACAAAUUUUCGUAUCUCCCACAUCUGCGAAUUUUGAAUGAAUGCAACUCGUACCCACCAAUUGCAGCCUUCCGCUGCCUUCCAACACUCCCCAAUAUACACUGUCGGUUUAGACACUACAACUUUAUAAUCCACUAAUAUGUUCAUGCUAUACCGUUUAAUAGCAAAUAUGCACUCUUCUUUACUUUCGAAUCUCUGGCCGACAAAUAACUCCUUAUGAUCGGAAUUUACGGCCAGCCGGUGAGCAAUAAGUAUUUCAGGGUACUACGGGAACUCAACUAAAUGCACUA